UAGCAAAUAAAAAAAAAGGCAAGGGAACAGAGGAGAGAGAAAAGGUGUGAACAGUUAAUGGCGGAGCAGUAUAAGGAAUCGCUUCUCUCUAGAAAUCUACCAUAGCUGGAUGGAUCAUCUGUAAUUCAAGAAAAUAAAAAUAGAAGAAAAAUAUACAGAAGAAGAAGAAGAAGAAGAAGCAAAGCAAGCAAUAUAAAUUAUGUGUUAGAAGAGAAGAUUAAGAAAGAAAAUUCUUUCAAAGUGGUUUUCGAGAUGCGAGCUAAAUCCGGUAGAAAAGGAACCUUCUCUGUACUUCUUCUCUUCCUCCUUUUGAUUCUCAUUUUGCCCAGUCUUUAAUUUUUCCAUUUUUUUCUUCACUUUCCCUUUUCUUCUUCUUCUUCUUCUUCAAUUUCACUCUUUCUUUUUAUUUUGUUCCUUUUAUUUCUCCGGAUUUUUAAAGCUGUGAUCGAGGAGAAAGUCAAGAAUCGUUCUCGGUCCUUUUUUUUUUCUUCUUCUUGAUAUUCUAUCUAAUAAAGUUUUCUUGGGUUGUUGGUAUCGGAUCUGUUUCUUGGUCUAUGAUUACUUAAAAAAGAUUGGCUAGUAGUUGAAAUUGGGGGGUUUUGAUCUAGGGUUUGAUAUUUGGAAUUGAUGUAGGACUUCGUUUUUGCUUGAAAAAAAGAACAAAAAGGAAAGAAAGAAAGAAUCUGUUUCUCAUCCAAAUCUACCCACCAUUUUUGUUGUGGGGGAUUUUUUUUUUUAAUUUUCAUACUUCUUACAAAAAAAAAAAAAUCAAAGUCACAGAUUUUAUUUUGUUUUAGUUUCCACUAAUAAUCUGAGGGGAAAUAGAGAGAGAGAGAGUGAGAGGGUUUUUUCUUGUAAGUAAGAAUAUUUGAUUGUUUAUGGGAAUACCUGAUGGUUCACUGCUAGAUCUAAUUGAUAAGGUUAGGUCUUGGAUAACUUCGGAUUCAAGCGAUUCUUCUUUGUAUUUCUCUUCUUCUAAAGACUUCAAAACUAUGCCAAUCGUUUCCAAAAUGUGCCAUGACUGUGGAACCAAGCUCGACGGUGGUUUGUUCCAUGGCUACUGCUGCCUUAGUUGUGGCCGUUUGUGGUGCAAGAGCUGUUACUCUGAAUCUGAUACAGAGGAGAGGCAAGAAGAUUGCAAGAAGAUGUGCAGAGAAUGUGAUGGUGAGGUUCGUGAGUUAAAGGGAAAGAGCUAUGAUAAGGUUCAUCCUCGAGAUAGCCCCGAUCCGCCUUCCCUCGCACAAAGCGAGAAUCUUGCAUCGAGUCUUGAAAUCCGUGAUUGCAGGAAUAUCGCCUCUAUCCGUUGCUAUCCUAGCAGGGGAGAGGAAGAAGAAGGUAGGAAUUGUGGUAAACAGUUCUUAAGCCCUUCGAGUGAAUACUAUCAGGACAGUUCAGAUAUAGAGUCGGGUAGUGUUAGUGCUAGACAUGAGCUUUUUAGUUGUAAAUCUUCUGCUGGGUCAAGUCCGCACGACAGUCCAUUAAGGAACAAUUUUAGUCCUCUUGGGCGCUUUGUACAGCACGCGAAAGACCUGAGCCCUACUGUUGGUUCUUUUGAUCAUCAUCAAGAACAACAACUCAUGGCUGGUGAUUUAACGAAGCCAGAUCAGGAGGCUCAGAGUCACGAGGAGGAGGGUAUGUUGCAACAACAGCCGUUGGAUUUUGAGAACAACGGCCGCAUCUGGUAUCCUCCACCGCCUGAAGAUGAGAAUGAUGAUGCUGAGAGUAAUUACUUUGCAUAUGAUGACGAAGAUGAUGAUAUUGGGGACUCUGCUACCGAGUUUUCAUUGAGUAGUAGCUUUUCUAGCCACGUUCCUACAAGAGAGAAACUGGGAGAAAACAGUAAUGAACCUCUUCGAACAGUGGUGCAUGACCAUUUCCGAGCUCUUGUUGCAGAGUUAUUACGUGGAGAGGAACUUAGUCCAUGUGAUGAUGGCAGUGCCGGUGACUGGCUGGAUAUUGUCACUGCUCUUGCGUGGCAGGCUGCAAACUUUGUAAAGCCAGACACUCGUGCAGGCGGCAGUAUGGAUCCUGGGAAUUAUGUCAAAAUAAAAUGUGUAGCAUCUGGAAAUCAAAACGAGAGCAUCCUCAUCAGGGGAAUAGUGUGUAGCAAGAACAUAACUCACAAGCGGAUGACGUCACAGUACAAAAACCCAAGGGUGCUGCUUUUAGCUGGGUCUCUUGAGUAUCAGAGAGCUGCAGGCCAGUUAGCGUCCUUUAACACGUUGCUUCAACAGGAAAAUGAUCAUCUCAAGGCGAUUAUAGCUAAAAUUGAGUCCCUUCGUCCUAAUGUUCUCCUGGUAGAGAAAAGUGUAUCUUCAUAUGCUCAGCAAUACCUUCUAGAGAAGGAAAUUUCGUUGGUGCUCAAUGUGAAAAGGUCGUUGCUGGACCAAAUAGCCCGUUGCACCGGUGCUGUUCUUUGUCCCUCAGUAGAUAGUAUUUCUACAGCUCGAGUGGGGCACUGUGAGCUAUUCCGGACUGAGAAAGUGCUGGAGCUACAUGAAGCUGGUAAUCAGUCAAACAGAAAACCUUCUAGGACCUUGAUGUACUUUGAAGGGUGUCCUAGGCGCCUAGGCUGCACGGUUGUGCUCAGGGGCAGUAGUCGCGAAGAGCUAAAGAAGGUUAAGCAUGUUAUUCAGUACGCAGUAUUUGCAGCUUAUCACUUGUCAUUGGAAACUUCAUUCCUUGCGGAUGAAGGUGCUUCUCUGCCUAAAAUUAGACUGAAGCAACCGGGGAUGGUUCGGUCAGCAUCAGAAAGGAGAAUGAUUGAUGAUGGCAUUUCCCUAGUAACGUAUUCUCCUACAGAAAAAGAUGGUCAAGCUUUUAAUGAUACAGCUGCACUAGAAGAUGAAAAUACGGUGCCGAUGCCAGAGCAUGAGGUUUGUGAAUCGUUGUCUGAGGAUUUUGAUCCGAGUCAGAUAUUCCCAUCGUCUUCUGACAUGAUAUCUUGUGAAGUUGACACUGAGCAAUCUGAUGCCCUGAAUGGAAAUUUAUCCGAUAAUUUGGUGAAUCAGUUAGAUGAGUUGCAUGAACCCACCGUGUGCUUAAGUAGAGAAAUCCCUGAAACACCGAGAGGUGAAGAAGAGAACCAAUUAGUGAACACCCAUGAUUUGCCACAACAUGAAAGAUUCGAUGAAGAUGAUGGUUCUAGUGAAUAUUUCUCAGCAGCAGAUUCUCAUCAGAGCAUACUGGUCUCGUUUUCAAGCCGUUGUGUUUUGAAAGAAUCAGUAUGUGAACGCUCGCGACUCUUGCGUAUUAAGUUCUAUGGAUCCUUUGAUAAGCCUCUCGGAAAAUAUCUGAAGGAUGAUCUUUUCGAUCAGACUUCCAGCUGUAGAACAUGUAAGGAGCUUGUUGAUGCGCAUGUCCUCUGCUAUUCUCAUCAGAAUGGAAAUCUUACUAUCAAUGUUAGGCGUCUCUCUUCCAUGAAGCUUCCUGGUGAACAAGAUGGGAAGAUAUGGAUGUGGCAUCGCUGCUUACGAUGUGCACAUGUAGAUGGAGUCCCACCUGCUACUCGUAGAGUAGUUAUGUCUGAUGCGGCAUGGGGACUGUCCUUUGGAAAGUUUCUGGAACUUAGCUUUUCAAAUCAUGCGACUGCGAAUCGUGUUGCAUCCUGUGGCCAUUCGCUUCAGAGAGACUGCCUUCGAUUCUAUGGAUUUGGGAACAUGGUUGCUUUCUUUAGGUAUUCUCCCAUCAAUAUACUUACUGUCUUCCUGCCCCCGUCAAUGCUUGAAUUCAACAGCCAUCCUCAACAAGAUUGGAUACGGACAGAAGCAGCCGAGCUUAUGAGUAAAAUGCGGAGUAUGUAUGCGGAGAUAUCUGGUAUGCUCAACCGCAUGGAAGAGAAAAGCAGCUUACUUGAGGCUGACCAAUCUGAAGCCUCUGAUCUCCAGAGUCGCAUAGUGGGAUUAAAAGAUCAACUCGUGAAGGAAAAAGAUGAAUACGAUGAUGCGCUGCAACCUAUUUUUUUGGAGAAUCUGCAAAUUCAGGGGAGUUUGGAUAUUCUAGAGCUGAAUCGACUGAGACGGGCACUCAUGAUUGGUUCUCAUGCUUGGGACCAUCAGCUUUACUUGUUAAACUCUCAGCUCAAAAAAGCAUCUGUUUUAAAAACUGGUGGUGACAAUGCUUCCCGGAAUCCGGAGAUGCAGGAUCCUCCAAAGACUGACCGUAGACGGCAAGAAGGUCUAGAGGCUGGGGAAGGAAAAGCGUCCCAAUCUGAUGCAGAAGCUAAUAAUGAUAACAAAGAUCUUGAAAAUAUGCUCUCCCCAGGCUCUUCUCUGUCUGAGAGGAUAGAUUCUGCUUGGUUGGGCUCGUUUCAUACUCUAGAGAAAGCCGAGACAAUUGCCGAGACAGAAGGCUUUUCAGCUGCUAACUCUCCCCUCCGGAGGCUCGCCAGGCCAAUCCGAGUCCAGUCGUUUGAUUCAGCGAUACGGUUUCAAGAACGGAUCCAAAAAGGUUUGCCACCAUCUUCUUUGUAUCUCUCGACACUCAGAUCUUUCCACGCUUCUGGCGAGUACAGGAAUAUGGUGAGGGACCCUGUUUCAAAUGUGAUGAGGACAUACUCACAAAUGUUGCCACUGGAAGUAAAGAAGUUGGAUCUGAUUGUUGGUUCAGCGCUUACAUACAUCUCCUCGGCAUCUCAGAUGGCUGAUGGUGCUCGGAUGCUAAUUCCUCAACGUGGCCUUAACGAUAUCGUGAUUCCUGUGUAUGAUGAUGAUCCCGCAAGUGUUGUAUCGUAUGCUCUCAAUUCCAAGGAAUAUAAGGAGUGGGUUGUUAACAGAGGCAUCCCGAGUAGUACUAGUGGCAGCAACUGGAAUAACAGAGAAUCCGAACCUUCCACCUUCUCGACUUGGCGUUCUCUUGGGGCGAUGGAUGUUGAUUACAUUCACCACGCCGUGUAUGGAUCUUCUCAAGACGAUAAAAAGUCUCCUCAUUUGACGAUUUCUUUCAGCGACCGCUCUUCAUCUUCUUCUUCCCCUGCUGCCACUGACGGUAAGGUGAAGUUCUCCGUGACGUGUUACUUUGCGACACAGUUUGAUACUCUGAGAAAGACUUGCUGUCCGAGCGAAGUGGACUUCGUGAGAUCCUUGAGCCGGUGUCAGAGAUGGUGUGCACAGGGAGGGAAAAGCAAUGUUUACUUCGCCAAGUCAUUGGACGAGAGGUUCAUCAUUAAACAAGUUGUCAAAACCGAGCUGGAUUCUUUUGAGGAUUUUGCACCUGAAUACUUCAAAUAUAUGAAGGAGUCUCUUAGCUCCGGGAGUCCCACUUGUCUUGCUAAGAUUCUUGGUAUCUACCAGGUCUCGAUUAAACACUCUAAAGGAGGAAAAGAGACGAAAAUGGAUCUGAUGGUGAUGGAGAAUCUCUUCUACAACAGAAGAAUAUCCAGAAUCUACGAUCUCAAGGGAUCUGCAAGGUCACGGUACAAUCCAAACAAAUCCGGGACAGAUAAAGUUUUGCUAGACAUGAACCUGCUUGAGACACUGCGCACAGACCCGAUAUUCCUAGGAAGCAAGGCCAAGAGAAGCCUGGAAAGAGCUAUAUGGAACGACACAAACUUCUUAGCUUCUGUGGAUGUAAUGGACUAUUCGUUGCUGGUUGGGUUCGAUGAAGAGCGUAAGGAACUGGUUCUUGGGAUCAUCGACUUCAUGAGACAGUACACAUGGGACAAGCACCUUGAGACUUGGGUUAAAGCCUCAGGCAUUUUGGGUGGACCCAAGAACGCAGCUCCAACCAUAGUCUCACCAAAACAGUACAAGAUAAGGUUUCGAAAGGCCAUGACCACUUAUUUUCUAACUGUUCCUGAGCCAUGGACCUCUUGAUUGAGUGAAAGAGAAAAUUCCCAUUUUUCAUCAUUCUUUUGUUUUACUGAUAUCAAUUUGUUCUUCCACAAUAAAAAAAAAAUUGGGAAAUUGGUUUAACAGACAGAUAUAUACAGGUUUGGACAUGACUGAUUAAUUUUAUCUUUUUUUUUUCUGUGUUGUGUGUGUUGGUUUCUCUGAGUGCAGAAUUGUAUAAUUGUAAUUAUCGGCUAAACUAAAGCCCCCAAAUUGAACGAAAAAUUACUAAUGAUUUGCCUU